AUGAGCGAUGGUAACAUGGACGUCGACGAAUCACAGGUUUCUUGCAAAGCAAAGUCCCUAGAGUCAUUAGCCGACGGUUCUUUCUCCAAGACUCUCUCGAAACUCUCAUCGUCUUCUCGUGUGAUUCCUACGAGUAAAGAUUUUCACUUUUACUACAACUUCGAAGAAUUCAAACGACCCAUCGACGAGAUAGCUAAAACCUCUAAGCCCAUCCUCGACACGAUCGGCGAUUCAGAGCAGGUCUGGGGAAAACCGAUGAGGUUUCCCGGCGAUAUCGAAGAAGACGAAGCCGAUGAUUGGCUUUGCAACGUGAACGAUGAGUUUCUCGAGAGAUUCGAUGUUUCGGUUGAUGAGUUUAAGAGGAUUCGAAAGAAAGAGGAGGAAAUCGGUCGGACAUUGGCGUCUGAUUGUGAUGAGAAUGGGUUUCAGAUGGUUUAUGGGAAGAAGAAGAAACCGGUGAGUAGUUUAGUUUCUGGCUCUGUUAGAAACGGUGGCUCCAUGAUUGAUGUUAAGGUCGCUGAGAGGGAUAAUAAGAACUUAUCUGGUAAGGCCAAAGUUCCUUUCCAUAUACCGACCAUAAAGAAACCUCAAGAGGAGUUUAACAUAUUGGUGAACAACGCGAAUCAGCCGUUUGAGCAUGUUUGGUUAGAGAGGAGCGAGGACGGUCAGAGAUUUAUGCAUCCACUGGAGAAACUUUCUGUGAUUGACUUCAUUGACGAAAACGAUACUGAACCUGUUAUACCCCUCCCAUUGGAAGAGACUCCAUUCAAGCUUGUUCAAGAAGUGAAAGAUCUGAAAGACGUAGUCGCUAAAUUGCGUACUGUUGAAGAGUUUGCGGUUGAUCUGGAGCAUAAUCAGUAUCGAUCUUUUCUAGGAUUGACAUGCUUAAUGCAAAUUUCCACCAGAACUGAGGAUUAUAUCGUUGAUACAUUCAAGCUUCGUGUUCACAUUGGUCCUUACUUAAGGGAGAUUUUCAAAGACCCUAAAAAGCGAAAGGUAAUGCAUGGAGCAGAUCGAGAUAUUGUUUGGCUUCAACGGGACUUCGGCAUAUAUGUCUGCAAUCUCUUUGACACAGGACAGGCUUCAAAGGUGCUAAAGUUGGAGAGAAAUAGCCUAGAGUUUCUUUUGCAGCAGUUUUGUGGAGUUACUGCGAAUAAAGAAUACCAAAAUGCGGACUGGAGAAUACGACCCCUUCCAGAGGAAAUGACAAGAUAUGCAAGAGAAGAUACCCACUAUCUUUUGUACAUAUAUGAUGUAAUGAAAAUAGAACUGCAAGAAAUGGCAAAGGGCGACCAGAAUACUGACUCUCCUCUGCUUGAGGUUUACAAGCGCAGUUACGAUGUGUGCACACAACUAUAUGAGAAAGAGCUCUUGACCGAGAAUUCAUACCUUCACGUAUAUGGGCUUCAAGCAGCGGGCUUCAAUGCAGCUCAACUUGCCAUUGUUGCUGGACUUUGUGAAUGGCGGGAUUACGUUGCACGUGCGGAGGACGAGAGCACUGGUUAUGUAUUGCCAAACAAAGUUCUUCUUGAAAUAGCCAAGGAGAUGCCUGUUAGCGUUGGAAAAUUGCGUCGGAUGUUGAAUUCGAAGCAUCCUUAUAUCGAGCGAAAUGUUGAUUCGGUGGUCAGUGUCAUCAGGCAAUCAAUGCAUAAUUGUGCAGCAUUUGAGUCUGCUGCUCUUUCUUUAAAAGAUGUGUCUCCUGGAAUUGUAAUGGAUAAGAAUACUGAACCUAUUAUUGAGAGGAAAGACAUAAAUCUUCACAUAGAAGACGUAGCGUCUCCGAGUUUAAAGGAAAAUUCUUUGCAUGUUGAGAACAAUAUCAUGGGCCGUACCACUGUUGCAGCUGAUACUAAUGAAGGGAGAGGUUUAGGCACAGGCUUGUUUGGUUCAACUAAGGCUACUGCGGCUGUUCUGAUCUCUAAGAAACCAAGCAGUGGUUUAGGAGCAUUACUGGGAAAUGCAGCAUCGAAAAAGAAAUUUAGAACUGAUAAGAAUGUAAAUGAAGAGGUGAAGCUCGAACAGAUAAGAUCAUCUGUAAACCUGCCAUUCCGUUCUUUUACCGACAAAGUUUCUUACUCAAAUUCAGCUACUCGACCAUCUCAGAAUGUUUAUGCGAAUCCCAUAGAGGUGUCCACUACUAUGCCAACCUCUGUUUCCAAGCAAGAUGGUGUGACAGAGUUGAAAGAUGAUUCAGAAGAAGCCUCAGAAACCGUUGGUACCUCUGGUAGAGUUUCAGAGUCGGUAGUAUCUGGUUUUGAGACAGACGAUGUUAUAUUGUUAGACAAUAGUUAUGAGAAGGAAGCUGAUGGGGAGGAUGAACCAAUGUCUCUCUCGGAAUUGUCCACAAACUUUCAGAAGUGCUUUAACUCCAUGAAUAAGAGCAAAAACAAGGCCCAAAAGCCUGAGUUUUUCAACGUAGAGCCCUUUGAUUAUGAGGCUGCAAGGAAAGAGGUGAAAUUUGGGGAAGAACAAAAGGGAAGACAAGGAGGAAAGAAAGAAGCUGGGUCAGGUAAGAAGAAGGGGUCAGGUGCACCAGAGGAGUCAGAGUUUGGGCAAGGAAAACGGCGUCAAGCCUUCCCGGCAUCCGGGAACCGAAGUGCAACUUUCAAGAGUUAGGUUGCGAAAUUUUCACUCACAACUGAAUGGAAUCAAGGCAAAUCUGAUCCAGGCAGUCGAUAUUGUUGUUUUAUUUAAAUUAUCAUUCUUUUUUUUUUCUGUGGUCAAUGGUGAUUUUUGGUUUGAUCAUUUUCACUGUCUACUAAAUAUUUCCCACUUUGAUGGGACUUAGGGAUAUAAAACUCGUUGGUUCGAAACAUCAAAUCUGAUUCGUAGUUUGAAUUAUUACGUGCAUUCGAGAGCACCUCGUCUUUGAUGGGU